AUGAGUGUGCUCGCAGGCAUCACAGGCUUGCACCUGCAAGGUCAGCCUCGCUCAACGGCCCCAAAUCCUCAAGCCAGCUCCGCGGCUCAGCCAUCCUACGCCCUCCACAUUGACGUGGACGACAUCAACAUGGCUGCCCUCGACACAUGGCAACCACCAUCCUACGACGAUGACCGAGACCUUGUCGCACUCAAAAGCAACAACAACAACAACAACAACAACAGGCAGGCGAUGAAGCCUGGCUUGAAUGCCAUAGACCGAUCUGAUUCGGCCAUGCAUCCCCUGCCGGGAUUGACGUCCCCCACCAGCAUUCUCGACGCCAUCUCCGGCCACUUUGACACUAACCAACACCAUCAUCAACACGGGUCGAGCACGGAUCGAGCCGAGCCUCAUCACCCGCCGACGCGCGCAUGCUUUGGCGACGCAGUAUUCUCCUUCUCCCCCUUGCUUCGUCGCCACCGCCGGUGCCGCAACCACUCCAUCGAGAGCAUCAACCUGGAGGAAGAAGACCUGCACAGCGGCCCAGAGACUCGACGCGCCACCCGCGGCCACAGCGACGCCGACGAUGACGACGACGUUGACGACGCAAGCUGCCGCAGCAGCAGUCGCAGCAGCAGCGGCAGCAGCAGCUCGAGCGCGUCUGUCAGCGACACUGAAGAAGAUGACUUGCAGCCCUGCCCUCAUGCCUCUGCUCCAUCGACCUCCGCACUUGUUGGGGCCCUGUUCCCAGCUGUGGCAGCAGGUGCGAGUCUGUGUACAGCCGCGAGCGGCUCGUCGUCCAUGCGCCCGCCCCUGCUCAGCCACCCGCAGGCGCUUCUCGGCGACUCGACCGCCCCAGCCACCCACGCCCGCCGCCACAGCCAGCAGCGGUCGCCAUCCAGCAACACCAACAACACCAGCAACACCGCUGGCCGGAAGGCUGGGGGCAGCACCAAGCCUGGUGCCACGAGGAACCGACGCAGCCGCAAAAACCGCGGCGGCACCAACAAGGCAGGCCCACACAGCCGCCACACACGAUGCAGUUCCCUCGACAGUGGGUUUGGAACCCCAACAACCCUGCUCGGCUCGCCGGACAACACCGCAGUGCACCUGCACCCAUACCGCCAACAGCCGCACCAACGGCAUCUCAUGGCGGCGCCCACGCCCGUCCCGGGCUUUCCGGCCCACCACCUCGCCCAGGCCUACCGUCCCCAGCAACAACAGCCACCCUACCAUCCCCACCUUCAUCCCCAUCCCAUGCGGGCUGCUGCUUCCGCGGCGCAGCUCGUGGCAGUGCCCAGCCCCGUCCCCAACUUCCCGCUGCUUCUCACAGGUGUGGCGACCCACCCACACCAGCAGCAGCAGGAACACCAGCAGCAGCAGCACAUGGCUGGCUCGCGGUUUCUGCCCACCACUGCACACGUCGGGCCUGCGAGCGGCUUUGUUCCCACAGGUGCGCCGGUGCCUCCAUCCACGCCUGCCGCUGCACCCAACCCGACCAGGCAGCGUUCAAAGCGCAGCAGCACCAGCACCAACAGCAGCACCACAAACAACAGCAAGGCGCCAAAGGUGGCCGGCAGCAACAACGCCGCCAGCGCCGCUGCUGCUGUAACGUCGCCCGCCCUGCCACCCAGGCGGCACCAGCUCAGUGGGGAGAGCAGCGACGAACACGAUGGUGCGCCUGCUGAGGACGGCGAGGAGCGAGAGGGCGCCUCAAGCCCCGCUGACUCAAACGACGACAUUGAGCCCACCAUGCUGUCGACCAACGAAAUCAAGCACGCGCUUCCGUCCUGGAUGUGCGCUGAGGUGUGCGGCAUCAAGAAGAAGAAGACCCGGCGUGGCUGCCGUGGUCACCGGCGCAACCGCAAGAAAAAGCUGCUGGAGGAACAGCACCAGCACCAGCACCAGCACCAGCGUCAGCGGUCUCGCCACUACCACCUUCAACCACAGCAACAAGACCAGCAAUCGCAACAAGAAGCUAGUUUGCGCUCCCCACACGGUCAGGUGGAGGAUAUGCUGAGCCGCCUCGUUGUCAGCGCAGCUCGGUUCUCUGCAGACCCUUGA